AUAGCAUCAUAUCCAGUCAAACAAUCCUUCUUUAGUGUGUGUGUGUGUGAAUGCAAUUAGUGCUACUAUAUCCAUAAGUCGCUACUCUGGUUGUAGAGGCAGAAGGUCACUCAAAAUUGCUUUGAUCAAGGAACUUUAAUGGAAGUUGGUAAUGUGUCUAUGAAAACCCAUAAACUGCCUCCUCCGCCGGCGUUGCAGUUGCAGACUCAGUCACCGGAGCCGCCACCCAGACCGAUAUGGCAGAUAAUAAUGGUGGCUGCCAUUGCCGCAGGUGUUCAGUUUGGGUGGGCUCUACAGCUCUCCCUACUCACACCAUACGUUCAGCUUCUCGGAAUACCCCACACCUGGUCAUCCUUCAUCUGGCUCUGUGGUCCAAUCUCCGGCAUGAUCGUCCAGCCCGUCGUCGGCUACUAUAGCGAUGGCUGUACCUCUCGUUUUGGCCGUCGCCGACCUUUCAUCGCCGGAGGAGCCAUUCUGGUUGCCUUCGCCGUGGUUCUGAUUGGUUAUGCCGCCGACAUUGGUGUGGCGUCGGGCGAUAAAGCUGGAGGGAAGACGGCAAAACCUCGUGCUAUCUCCGUCUUCGUUGUAGGGUUUUGGAUUCUGGAUGUAGCCAACAACUUUCUUCAAGGACCAUGCCGUGCGUUGCUUGCUGACUUAUCCGGGUCGAACUCCGGCAGAAUCCGAACCGGUAACUCUCUUUUUGCUUUCUUCAUGGCCGUCGGCAACGUUCUCGGAUAUGCCGCCGGAUCUUACACUCACCUUUACAGAUUUCUCCCGUUUACGAAGACACACGCUUGCGAUAUCUACUGUGCGAAUUUGAAAACCUGUUUUUUUAUAUCCAUCGCACUCUUGAUGACGAUAACCAUUUUGGCCCUCACGAUGGUAAAGGAGGAGGUUUUCCAACCGGAAAACAUUGAAGAAGAGAAAUCAUCGGCGCCGAAAAGGAUGGUUUUCUUCGUCGAAAUGAUCGGAGCACUGAAAGAGAUGUCGAGGCCGAUGUGGAUCUUGCUUCUAGUCACUUGUCUUAAUUGGAUCGCUUGGUUUCCAUUUCUGAUGUUUGAUACAGAUUGGAUGGGAAGGGAGGUUUACGGCGGUAAGUUGGGUGAAGGAGCCAUGUACAACCGUGGCGUCCGUGCCGGAGCUCUGGGUUUGAUGCUAAACUCCGUCGUCUCCGGCGUCGCGUCGCUGAGCAUUUCGCACUUGGCGCGUAUUUGUGGUGGUGUGAAGCGUUUGUGGGGUACCGUCAACCUGCUUCUUGCUGUGUGUUUGGCCAUGACGAUUUUGGUUACCAAGGUGGCGGAGUCUUCGAGAGAUUUCACGACGGCCAACGGCACCGCCACUCCUCUGCCGCCUUCCGCCGGUGUGAAGGGCGGAGCUUUGGCUGUCUUUGCUGUUCUCGGCAUCCCUCUCUCGGUGACAUUUGCCGUUCCUUGUGCUCUGGCGUCUAUACUUUCUAACAAUUCAAAUGUAGGACAAGGUUUAUCGUUAGGUGUUCUUAAUCUUGCAAUUGUUCUACCUCAGAUGGUUGUUUCGAUACUAAGUGGGCCGUGGGAUGCAUUAUUUGGUGGUGGAAACUUACCAGCAUUUGUUGUAGGAGCAAUCGCUGCAGCAAUAAGUGGAAUAUUAGCAUUUACUCUCCUCUCGUCACCGCCUCCUGAUGUCGUACUUGCAAAGGUCUCCGAAGCAGCAAUGCACUAAGGUCUUCUAAAGUCUUACUUACAGAUGAAAUCUCAGUUCUAUUGUCUAAUAAAGAAGUAUAAAUGUGUCCAACUUUAUGUUAGCAACUAGAGUGAUGCUUGGUUGAGCAAUUGGCGUGUUAUAGUUGAUGUCAUCGACACUAAGGUCAAUGACAUCAAAAAUGUUAAAUCAAUAUUUUCAUUAUUAUGUUGUUUGAAUUUGUGAGAAAAAGCGGUCCUUAAAUCAUCACGCAACGCAAGUCAU